AAGGAGAGAGUGCGAUAGUGCAUCAUGCGUAGACGAAUGUAAUCAGAAACAGAGUUUAAAAUAAUGUGCAAUAAUAUGCGAACUUUUAUGUCGCGAGAACAGACAGGAAGUGUAUUUGCAGGUCUACCCAGAUAAUCCAGGUACUUAAAACAAAGAGGGAAUACUGAAGCUUUGGUAUUCAGUCAGAUCAAACAGUUUUCGUUGACAGCAGGAGAAGUAAGGUUGACUGAAGUCCAGAAGAUGAGUGGUUAUGGUGAGGAAGAGGAGGACAGAGCAGAGUCCACAGGAUACAUUUCUAUGAGCACUGACUGGUCCAGAGAUCAUCCUCCAGCCCUCAGUAAUGAACCAGGACCAUCAGACACAAAAGGGAGGAUUAGGAGUGAUGUGUCUGUGGAGCAGCAGCUGUCCAGCUGUGCUCUGUGUCAGGACGUCCUGAAGGAUCCAGUCUCUACCAGCUGUGGACACUGGUUCUGCAGACAGUGCAUCACCUCAUACUGGGACCAGUCUGGUUCUUCAGGAGACUCCUCCUGUCCCCAGUGUGGACAAAGACCCAGAACAAGACCUGGACUGCAGACAGCCAGUCAGACCAGCACUGAACAAACAGAUAGUGGUCUGCAGGAGGUUUUAGAUCAACAUAAGAUCAGUCUGAGGAGCAGAUGUGAACAUGUGACUGAAGGAACUGAUGGAACAGGAAGUGGAACCCUCCUCAACAGGAUCUACACUGAGCUCCACAUCACAGAGGGACAGAGUGAAGAGGUUAAUACCCAACAUGAGGUGAGGCAGCUGGAGACAACUUCCAAGAUGGAGACCCUCCAUGACGCUCCAAUCAGGUGCCACGACAUCUUUAAAGCCUUACCUGACCAGCAGAGAGAAGACGUCUCUAAACCCUUACCUGACCAGCAGAGACCCAUCAGAGUGGUUCUGACCAACGGCGUCGCUGGCGUUGGAAAAACCGUCUCAGUGCAGAAGUUCUCUCUGGACUGGGCAGAGGGCUUGGAGAACCAAGAUGUCAGUCUGCUGGUUCUGCUUUCGUUCAGGGAGCUGAACCUGAUCAGAGAUCAGCAGUACAGUCUUCUCAGGCUGCUCCAUGUUUUCCAUCCAACAUUACAGAAGGUCACAGCAGAGCAGCUCGCUGUCUGUAAAGUUCUGUUCAUCUUUGACGGCCUGGAUGAAAGCAGACUGUCACUGGAUUUCAACAACAGGAAGUCUGUGUCUGAUGUCACACAGGAGUCAUCAGUCAACGUGCUGCUGACAAACCUCAUCAGGGGGAAUCUGCUUCCCUCGGCUCUCGUCUGGAUAACUUCCAGACCUGCGGCGGCCAAUCAGAUCCCUCCUACAUGUGUGGACAGGGUAACAGAAGUACGAGGCUUCACUGACGCCCAGAAGGAGGAGUACUUCAGGAGGAGAUCCAGUGAUGAAGAGCUGUCCAGCAGAAUCAUCUCACACAUCAAGACGUCCAGGAGCCUCCACAUCAUGUGUCAAGUCCCAGUCUUCUGCUGGAUCACUGCUACAGUUCUGGAGCACAUGUUGACCACAGACCAGAGAGGAGAGCUGCCCCAGACCCUGACUGACCUGUUCUCACACUUCCUGCUGGUUCAGACACAGAGGAAGAAGAACAAGUACCAUGAGGGACGUGAGACGAGUCCACAGGAGCUGACGGAGGCUGACGGGGAAGUUCUUCUGAAGCUGGGGAGGCUGGCGUUUGAACAUCUGGAGAAAGGAAACAUCAUGUUCUACCAAGAAGACGUGGAGCAGUGUGGUCUUGAUGUCACAGAGGCCUCGGUGUACUCAGGACUUUGUACUGAGAUCUUCAGAAGAGAGAGUGUGAUCUUCCAGAAAACAGUCUACUGCUUUGUUCAUCUGAGCGUUCAGGAGUUUCUGGCUGCAGUCUACAUGUUCCACUGUUACACCAACAGGAACACAGAGGUCCUGGAGAACUUCCGAAAAGAUAUGGUUGAUGAAGAUUCAUUCAGCGAUGACAGCGACGACAGCGACGACAGCGACGACAGCGACGACAGCGACACUGACUAUUACUCAUCCCUGGAUGAGUUCCUGGGGGCAGCCAUGGAGAAAUCCCUCGAAAGUAGAAAUGGUCACCUGGACCUGUUUGUUCGCUUCCUUCAUGGCCUCUCUCUGGAGUCCAACCAGAGACUCUUAGGAGGUCUGCUGGGUCAGACAGAGAACAGUCCAGAAACCAUCCAGAGAGCCAUCAACAACCUGAAGGAGAUGAACAUUGAUGAUAUCUCUCCUGACAGAAGCAUUAACAUCUUCCACUGUCUGACGGAGAUGAAGGAUCACUCAGUUCAUCAGGAGAUCCAAGAGUUCCUGGAGUCAGAGAACAGAUCAGAGAAGAGACUCUCUGAGAUCCACUGCUCAGCUCUGGCCUACAUGCUGCAGAUGUCAGAGGAGGUUCUGGAGGAGUUGGACCUGAGGAAGUACAACACAUCAGAGGAGGGACGACAGAGACUGAUCCCAGCUGUGAGGAACUGCAGGAAGGCUCGGUUUGCUGGUUGUGGACUCUCAGAGACUCACUGUGAAGUCGUGGCCUCAGCUCUGAAGUCCAACCCCUCCCACCUGAGACACCUGGACCUGAGUGACAACGAGCUGCAGGAUUCAGGAGUGAGGAUCCUGUCUGCUGGACUGGAGAGUCCAAACUGUGGACUGGAGACUCUGAGGUUGAGGGGCUGCAGUUUUUCAGAGAUCAGCUGUUCUUCUCUGGCCUCAGCUCUGAAGUCCAACCCCUCCCACCUGAGAGAACUGGACCUGAGUGGAAACAAGCUGCAGGAUCCAGGUGUGAAGCAGCUGUGUGGUUUUCUGGAGAGUCGAGACUGUGGACUGGAGACUCUGAGGUUGACUGGCUGCAGUUUGUCAGAGAUCAGCUGUUCUUCUCUGGCCUCAGCUCUGAAGUCCAACCCCUCCCAUCUGCGACACCUGGACCUGAGUGACAACGACCUGCAGGAUCCAGAUGUGAAGCAGCUGUGUGGUUUUCUGGAGAGUCCAGACUGUGGACUGGAGACUCUGAGGUUGAGAUACUGCAGUUUGUCAGAGAUCAGCUGUUCUUCUCUGGCCUCAGCUCUGAAGUCCAACCCCUCCCACCUGAGACACCUGGACCUGAGUGGCAACGAGCUGCAGGAUCCAGAUGUGAAGCAGCUGUGUGGUUUUCUGGAGAGUCCAGACUGUGGACUGGAGACUCUGGGGUUGAUGAACUGCAGUUUGUCAGAGAUCAGCUGUUCUUCUCUGGCCUCAGCUCUGAAGUCCAACCCCUCCCACCUGAGAGAACUGGACCUGAGUGACAACAACCUGCAGGAUCCAGAUGUGAAGCAGCUGCGUGACCUUGUGGAGAGUCCAGACUGUGGACUGGAGACUCUGAGGUUGAGGGGCAGCAGUUUGUCCGAGAUCAGCUGUUCUUCUCUGGUCUCAGCUCUGAAGUCCAACCCCUCCCACCUGAGAGAACUGGACCUGAGAGGAAACAAGCUGCAGGAUCCAGAUGUGAAGCAGCUGUGUGGUUUUCUGGAGAGUCCAGACUGUGGACUGGAGACUCUGAGGUUGAGCGGCUGCAGUUUGUCCGAGAUCAGCUGUUCUUCUCUGGCCUCAGCUCUGAAGUCCAACCCCUCCCACCUGAGAGAACUGGACCUGAGUGACAACGACCUGCAGGAUCCAGAUGUGAAGCAGCUGUGUGGUUUUCUGGAGAGUCCAGACUGUGGACUGGAGACUCUGAGGUUGAGAUACUGCAGUUUGUCAGAGAUCAGCUGUUCUUCUCUGGCCUCAGCUCUGAAGUCCAACCCCUCCCACCUGAGACACCUGGACCUGAGUGGCAACGAGCUGCAGGAUCCAGAUGUGAAGCAGCUGUGUGGUUUUCUGGAGAGUCCAGACUGUGGACUGGAGACUCUGGGGUUGAUGAACUGCAGUUUGUCAGAGAUCAGCUGUUCUUCUCUGGCCUCAGCUCUGAAGUCCAACCCCUCCCACCUGAGAAAACUGGACUUGAGUCUCAACGACCUGCAGGAUCCAGGUGUGAAGCAGCUGUGUGGUUUUCUGGAGAGUCCAGACUGUGGACUGGAGACUCUGAGGUUCAGCUGGUGCAGUUUUUCAGAGAUCAGCUGUUCUUCUCUGGCCUCAGCUCUGAAGUCCAACCCCUCCCACCUGAGACACCUGGACCUGAGCUACAACCAGCUGCAGGAUCCAGAUGUGAAGCAGCUGUGUGGUUUUCUGGAGAGUCCAGACUGUGGACUGGAGACUCUGAGGUUGGAGAACUGCUUGUUGUCAGAGAUCAGCUGUUCUUCUCUGGCCUCAGCUCUGAAGUCCAACCCCUCCCACCUGAGAGAACUGGACCUGAGCUACAACCAGCUGCAGGAUCCAGAUGUGAAGCAGCUGUGUGGUUUUCUGGAGAGUCCAGACUGUCGACUGGAGACUCUGAGGUUGGACGGCAGGGUGAUUCACGUUUCCAAAGACAAAACAAGUGAGUUCUGCAACACUGUCUCCUUUUCAUCAGCUCGUCCAAAAUACAAUCUGUCAUUUAUAAAUUACAUUUUGGUCCCAGCUCUGGAAAACAUCUGUGCUCAUUUCUUUAGGAACUACAGGCUGUUUGCUUUGAUUAUUUUAUGUCAUUUGUUAUCGGUUAUAUAGAGAUAAAUAUCAAUA